AUGGGUUACAAUUAUCACUAUGAUAUAGCCACGAGUAAAGCGAAAGUUAUACUCAAAUUGUUAUUUCGAUGGAGAGGAUCAGUAUGGAGAGCCGUCUAUGUCGAAUAUUUGAUAUGGUUAACCGCUUACGCAAUUCUAACCUUCGAGAAAUUCGCCGCGUUCUGCGACAAGCGACUUGCCUAUAUACCAAUGAGUUUUAUGCUUAGUUUCUUUGUCACGGUAGUGAUAAAUCGGUGGACGACGCAAUUUGCGAACCUUGGCAUGAUCGACAAUAUCGCAUUAUUUACAUCACAACUUGUCAAAGGAAACGAUGACCGAGGGAAGAACUUGCGCCGAAACAUUGUUAGGUACUGCGUCGCUUCACAAUGUCUUGUUUUUCGUGAUAUUCACCUUGGUGUUCGAAGACGAUUUCCCACUUUGGAAACAAUGGUGGCUGCAGGUGAGUUCAUACAACAGGAGCAAUUGUAA